AGGUAAUGGACAGUAUCAAUGUUCAUGAUAUGGAUUUUGAUACAACCAAAGUGAAAGUUACAAAUAGGUUUAAUUGGGAUCCUUAUACAUUCAAGAUAUUUCUUGAGGAAUGUAUGACCGAGCUAAAAAAACGGGAAUAGAGCGAGUACUUAUUUCAAACCGUCCGUGUGCCAAAAUAUAUGUAAGAGGCUUUUGGAACGAACGGGUAAAGAACUGGACAAAAAUCAAAUGAAAAACAAAUGGGACAUAAUCCAGAAAGAGUUCAAAUAUUACGACCGUUUAACAAGACUAGAAACGGAAAUUUCAAUUGAUCCCGUGAAAAAUACAAUCUCAGCAUCAAAGCAAUGGUGGGAUUAUAAAAUAAAGGAAGAUAAAGAGUUUGCUAAGUUUAAGGAUAAGAAUUUGGAUGUAUAUCAGACAUAUUAUGAGGCUCUAUUUCGGGAUACUGUAGCUAUUGGAGACAAGGCUAAGGUACCUUGUGAAUUUGGCGACAAUAGCACUCCGAAUGAUGUACAACUUGUGGAUAUUACGGAUGGAAAAGAGGAUAUUGAUGACGUCCUCUUAUUUGAUGAUGUUGAUCCUUUUUUCACAAUGGAUAGUUCUAGUAUGAAUAAGAGGGGAAAGAAAUUAACUCCCAGGCGUAACAAGAAAAGAAAAUUUGAAGGAAAAAAUGAUGGAAAAAAUGAUGAAAAUAGUGAAGGAAAGAGUAUGGCAAACUCGUCAUAUGAAGAGAAACUGGACACUAUUUUUUGAUGUUUUGUUAACAAGGAGCAUUCAACCCUCAAGACAAACCACACAGUCACCCACAAUAGAAGAAUGCAUGGCAAUUGUCUCUACUUUCCCGGGUUUUGAAGAAGGCUCAAUAGGAUAUUUAGAAGCGUUAGAGGUCUUUUUAAAGAAACCAAAUCAUCAAAAUUUUAUGGUUCCAAAGAGUAAUGACACAAAGAUGGAGUUUC